GCGUGUAUACCUUGUAGAACUGUCAUCAUACUUGGCUCUUAGAUCAGGCCUGCAUAGCAUUCUAUUUUUUUUGUGAAAGGACAAUAUUAUUCCGCAUCUAUAUAGAAGAAUAUAAAUAGUUGAAUUGAGUAACAAUGAAUUACAACGCUAACAGUCGCAUCCCCUCAGGUACAGGCCCGAAAAAACCUAAAAGGGUUAGUGACGUGAACGCCAUGGGUGCGCCACCAUUCAGUACAUUUGAACAAACAGCACAACCUGUUAUGGGCAACGUUGGUUUCAUUCCACCAACUUCUGGAGCAAAUCCGUACAUAUCAAACAAUGUAUAUGAUUUCCAACAAUACGCAGGCUAUCCCAGUGUAUCGCAAGCACAUUCACCACAACAAUCAGUUAUACAAUCGAAUCAAAAUUUGCCAAAUCAGCAGACUAGCGUUAGUUCAGGAUUCCCUAACCAAUUUGUUGUUUUUCAACAACCAAUUGUGCAGGACAUGGCAUUACAAUAUGGUCAAAAGUUAGCUGAUCAUGGUAAGGAGCUAGUGAACACGCAAUUCGAAAAAUACGUUCCAGUUACCAAACUUAAAUACUACUUUGCUGUUGAUAAUAAGUACGUCAUUAAUAAACUCGGAUUAAUUUUUUUCCCGUUUUCUCAUAUGAAUUGGUCCUUAAAAUAUGAUCACGACAACCCGGUUCAGCCGCGAUAUGAUAUAAACGCUCCUGAUUUAUAUAUACCGACAAUGGCAUAUAUCACGUACGUCGUUUUAGCUGGUUUAGUGCUAGGAUUUCAAAAUCGUUUCUCUCCAGAACAAUUAGGAAUUCAAGCGUCCAGUGCAUUGGCAUACAGCAUUUGCGAACUUGUGAUAUAUAUAUUGACUCUGUACAUUGCUAACAUAUCAACAACAUUGAAAACGCUGGAUUUAUUGGCUUUGAGUGGUUAUAAAUAUGCAUCAAUUGUGUUUAUUCUACUCUGCAGCAUACUUCUUAGAAAAGUUGGUUACUAUCUCUCAUGGUUAUAUGUCAGUGCUUGUCUUGCAUUUUUUUUGCUACGCACUCUUAAGGCUAAAGUGCUAUCGGAACCAGCACAAACCCACGAACCACCUUCUUACGAUCCAUAUCGUCAGCAACAGCAACAAUUUGAACACAGCGUGGGUCGUAAAAGAAAGCUGUAUUUUUUAUUUUUGGUUACCGGAUUACAACCGCUGUUGGCGUUUUGGUUGUCGAUGCAUUUGAUUCCAAAUGAUGUAGUUGCAAAUGUUCAGUGAUUUACAGUUUAUAACAGAGCUGUUACUUAUUCUAAAUGUUUGGUAAUUUAUGUUUUUUGUAAAGCACUGUUAAAAAAAUAACUAAGUAAUCGAUGUGUGAA